AUGACUAUUCGCAUACAGGCAGUACGGGAGCUCAUGCCGUCGCUGCUUAUUUCGCUGUGCGGGCUCUUUCUUAUGUCGACAACCCUGCAGAAGCACUUGACAGGCGAGUACAUUAGGCCUAUGCACUACAUGUUUAUCCUCAACUCUAUGCUGUGCUUUAAGAACAACAUAGAGCUGAACUAUGCGGACAUGAUGAGCAGCACCAUUAAAAAGGCGCGGAUGCACAGAAACAGAGUCUCCACGAUCUCUCUGAUCGAGUAUAUCUUUGACUCUGGGCUGCAGAUGUUUUUUGUCUCGAUGCUGUUCAGCCUUCUCAUUGGAGUGUUUGCGAACUACAAAAACAUAUUCGAGCUUUUUCUGUGGGACAGUGCAAAAAAAAACACCGUGCUUAUACUCAGCUCUGUCACGGCGGCUUUCUUUUCGGCCGCGUGCAGCUGCAUUUCCACGCUUGUCUGCGUGGUUUUCUGCAUUUUCAUAAGCAUAUCCUUCAAGUUUGACACGGACAACAUAAUCCUCCCCAUCAUUGCCUCGAUGGCAGAUUAUGUCUGCACGAUAUCCCUGAUAUACUUCUCGGAAAACAUAUUCAUCGAGGCAAGCAAGAAGUAUCCGUCGGUGCUGAGCGAGUCUUUUACUCCGUCGUCAAAGUUCUACCACAGAAUAUUCAUCACAAACUGCAUUCUUGUGUUUUUUAUUGUUGCAAUUCUGGGCAUGCUGUACUCGCACGUCCGGAAAAACUGCACGCUGCGGCUGUUCAGCCCGUGGUCGCUCUUUGGCUCGUUUUCUGUCACCGUGCUGGCUGGAUAUCUUAUAAACACAGUGACGGGCGACAACCCCUGGCUGGGGUGCAUCAUUCCGCUCUUCAACGGCGUGGCCGGCUCGAUUGUCCUCAUAUACGUCGGAAAAGUCACCACAUUUGCAACCACCAAAGACGCGCUAGGAAGUGAAACAGGCGAAAUCCAAAUAUUUGACGAAGAAAAGUUUGAAGACGCUCCAGAGAACCCAAACAGCGUGGGCAGCAUAUGCACUCUCUUGGUCACUUCGUCGCUUCUGUCCGCGGUUGCCUGCGUGUUUAUGCGGUUCUUUUUCCAAAAGAUGCCCUUUUUCUACAUAGUCUUGUUUGGGUGCCUUCUGAACCUGCAGGUGACGCUUAUGUACUUUGUCACCAACACGCUGGUGCUCAUCAUGCAGCACUUCCGCGUCGACAUCUCCUACCACAUCGUGCCUCUUAUCAACGCGUUCAGCGACCUAGUUGGAAUAUGUGUUCUAGGCGGAAGCGCGCUUCUUGUUCUGUAG